AUCAAACCUAGGGUUUCUUAUAUAUAUCAACAUAUAUAAUAGACAUCUAUGUAUGUGUAUUUGUAAUUAACCAUAAGAUCAUAGAGACAGAGAAAGCAGAAGAAAUAAAGAAUGAUGUGCACUCGAGGCCAUUGGAGACCUGCAGAAGAUGAGAAGCUAAGAGAACUCGUCCAACAAUUUGGUCCUCAUAAUUGGAACGCCAUAGCUCAAAAUCUCUCUGGUCGAUCUGGUAAGAGUUGUAGAUUGAGAUGGUUUAAUCAACUGGAUCCUAGAAUCAACCGAAACCCUUUCACUGAGGAAGAAGAAGAAAGGCUUUUAGCGUCUCACCGGAUCCAUGGGAAUAGAUGGUCCGUGAUCGCAAGAUUUUUCCCCGGUCGAACUGAUAACGCUGUCAAAAACCAUUGGCACGUUAUUAUGGCUCGUCGUGGUCGAGAACGGUCCAUGAUGCGUCCACGUAGCCUUGGCCAUGAUGGGGCGGCGGCUGGCCCUGGGAUGAUGGGAUAUAAAGACUGUGACAAGAAGAGAAGAUUGGCAACCACAACAGCUAUCAAUUAUCCUUAUAAUUUCUCUCAUAUCAAUCAUUUUCAAAUCCUUAAAGAGUUCUUGACUGGAAAGAUCGGGCUUUGCAAUAAUACCACUCCAAUCAAUGAGGGAGCAAUAGACCAGACUAAAAGACCGACGGAGUUCUACAAUUUUCUCCAGGUUAAGACGGAUUCGAAGAAACCUGAAGUGAUAGACAAUUCAAGAAAGGACAAAGAAGAAGAAGAUAUUGAAAUUUGUGUUCCCUUUUUCGACUUUUUGUCUGUUGGAAACUCUGCCUCUCAGGGUUUAUGUUAAUUAGUUCGUACCACAUGUACUAUAUACAAGGUGGAUCAUAUGUUAAUAAUGACAUGUAGAACUUACAAAUCAGUUCGAGCUCUUAUUUGAGCCAAAUGUGAAAAUUAGACAGCCCAACUUCUUC